AUAGUUUGAGCAAGGGUAGACAAGUGAAGGAGGAUGGUAAAGUGUUGAAGUUUCAGGAAAAGCACUUACAUAGGAUUAUUGAGCUACAAAUGCAUCUUUAAGUAGUAUAUAAAUGGUAUUAACAAAUUAGUUUAAGUUUAUAAUGUCUAUAUUUCAUUUUGGACAGGCACCAAAUGUUGUAUGCAAAGUCGAAGCCUUUGGAAAAAUGUGCCAGCACUUUGAUGAGAGAAGGAGAAGAUGGUUCAUGGAGAUGGGAUUUGCAGGCCUCCUGAACCUAGUUAGGUUGCAUUUACCUAGGCAGUUUAGUUAUUGGUUAAUGACUUGGAUUGACCAUGUGAAUGAGAAGUUGAUAUAUCUAGAUGAGAUAGAGUACAGGCUGUCAAAAAAUCAAGUGAGGUGGAUCUUAGGCAUCCCUAAUAAAGGGAUGAAUGUACCUCUCAGUGACAUGAAUAAGGAAAUGAAAUCCAAGAGCAACGCAUUGAUGAACAAGUAUGGGAAUUAUUUUGAGAAUUCUGAAAGAGGGAAAAAGGUGAUAUCGAGGUGCAUACGUGUGGAUGCAAAAUUAAUGGAUAGAGCGGAGGGGGAGUGGGAGGUGCACCAGGAGGAGGACUUAAGACUCUUUUUUAUUGUUAGCGUUGGAUAUGGUAUUGUGUCCAACGUAAUCACCUCGUUUGGGGAACGAUAUGGUUCCUGCAUUAACGUGUGCAACGGACACAAUAUGAUUGGUGUACACUUGUGCUAAAGAAACUGAAAGCUAGUGUUACUAGAUUUGCGAGCGUCUUCUACAAGAAAAGAUAUGCGGGAGGUUGUGGUGGAUGAUCUAUAUUUGGUGUGUUGUUGUAUUUGGAACGAUUGGAUAGGAAUCCAGUGAAAUGGGGCACCUUUCCCAUGUUGAAGGUGUGGACAAAGGAUGAGAUUAGUAAAGCUCGGAGUGAAGACAAGGUCGAUGGUGGGGAUUAUGGAUUCCUUGAGUGCCUUGAUGUUGCAUACGGGGAAUCUCACAUACAUGAAGCGAGGGAUUCUGAUUGUCUGUCAUGCAUGGAAGAGGACCUGGUAAGGGUGACAACCAUUAGUAAUACAAGUGGACGGAUAAAACAGAGGAGGAGGCGACGACCAACCAAAAUCCUCACGAACGAAAAAAGGAAAAAGCUGAAAGGGAACGGGCUAAGAGACUUGCAAAGGAUGAAGCAACAACAGAAGACUCAUCAACGGAAGGAGAUGAGGGGGCAUGUUAUGACAUGGAAGAAGAUGAAAGGGAAUAAUAUAAAAGGGAAGGAGAUGAUGAGGGGGCAGGUUAUGACAUGAAAGGAGAUGAAAGGGAAGGAGAUGAUGAGGGGGAAAGUAAUGACAUGGAAGGAGAUGAAAGGGAAGAAGAUAAAAGGGAAGGGGAUGAUGAGGGGCCAGGUUAUGACAUGGAAGGAGAUGAAAAUGAUUUGGCACCAACGAAAGAAAUAAAUGAAGCAAAUGCGGAUGAGACAUUAGUGGCUCAUGAACAUCAAGACAAAGAUACGCCUUAAAAAUCAGUUGGUAAAGAGGUUUCAUACUGUAACAGAGGAUAAAUUAUUAAUGUCUUCACUAGUUGGGUUUCAAACCCCGACGCAGGAAAUAUAUGAUGCUUCUCUUGCUAAGUCUAACAUUCAGAAUGUUUCAUUUGUUACUUGGAAUUUGUCAUGUUCAGAUAAAUAUGGAGAAACAACAACUCUUGUCCCGAAACCUACCUCUGGUGAUGCAUUUCAACUACAAUUCCCAGAUGAGAGAUCAUAUGGAUCAUGUGCUAAAAUUUUACCUGGCGACUUUGAGGCUCGGGUGCUAAGUUUUACCGUUGUAGACUUCGAUGUGGAUGAUAAACAAGUCUACAACUGUUCAGAAUCAGAUGAGACGAAGUUAAAUAAGAGUUUUAUACGCCAUUUGCGUAGGAAGAAAGUAGUGUACAGGUCUGUCACUACUGGUGAAAGAAGGUCUAAUAUUGGAUUCCAAAACAACCUUGUAAAGUUCAUACGCAUGUACCAAACAAGAAGCCACCAUUGCAUUCCCGUUGCAUUGGGCAUUUUAGACUCCAGGUUAGACCUCUAUGAUUACACUUAUUACAACAUGACAUGAUUGGGAAAUGUGUGGUUUGGUAUAGUAAAGAAUACUAACAUGAUUAUUACCAUGAUGAAAAUGGUAGUUUGUAUCCCAUCAUUAAGGUUCAAGACAUGUAUGCUAGUAUCGACGACUGCAAUUCUGUUACAAAAGAGGGUAGUGGUGUUGAAGUAAAGGUAUGCCAAAGUUACUAUGAAUAUUUUGAUAUAAUUUUACCAACUCAGCCUACAAUUUGGUAAUUAUAUUUUGAAGAUUAUUAAUAUACUAUGUAGUAUGUUAGGACUGCGGAUGCCUUGUACACGAUUGUGUGGCAAAAAAUGUUUGAGAAAAGAAGUUGAAGAUGUAUGUUGGACCACACAUUUGCCGCAAGGGUUUUACUUCAUUCUAUUACAGCUGAUUUAUGUACUUAAUUCAAUUCAACGAUCAGUAUAGUUUCUUAAAGCUUGUACGCUUAAUAAUUAGUAUAGUUUCUUAAAGCUUGUACGUUUAACGAUCGGUAUAGUUUCUUAAAUCUUGUACCCUUAUCGAAUGCAUAUUAUCUGAUAACCAUAAAAUGGUUUAUCUUAUGGCAAAUACGUGUUAUGCAAUGUCCUGGGAAUGUCAAAAGUAAAGAUCUUGAAAGUGAUACAUCCAAUCAAGUGAAAGUGAUUCUGCGUUCUCGCUUAUGCCGUGUUGCAGAGGUCCAGAUAUAUUUUUUUUUGUACAAAGGGUAGUCAAUUGGGCCAACAAGGGUAGUAAUAUUUUCCUUAUAUGAUGUGUACAGGUAUAUAUCCCUGUUUUGAAGGCAAUAGGGGAAAAGACACAUCAUUGGUGGGCAAUGUUCGUGUUUGUGAAUCGGUCAGAGAUCUUUGUCAUUGAUCUGAACUCCGUUGAUCCAGUCUCCGACCACUUUGAAACUAUCACAAAAAUAAUAAGGUGUUAGAUUGUUACUAAGUAUACAAGCAUACAUGCAUAUAUGCAAAUAUGUAAACAAUUUCAUUUCUUAGUCUAUGAGUUUUAUCUCAA